AUUCGCGUAAAAAAGACUACAGUUGGAAAGUUGGAAAUCGUGAUGUGCAGUGUGGUAUAACGUAAUUUUUUAAUAGCACGGAUUGGAUCUGAUUUGAAUCUUCUUAUUAUUAAUUGAAUAUUAUUUAAUAAAUUUCUGUAAUUCUAUUUUAUUUACAACUGAUAUGCAUGUAUCUUGAAACAAUGACAAACAAUGACCACACUAUAAUUUAAUAAUUUUGUAACAAACAAUGACAGAUACCAACGUGUGUUUUGGUGCAACUAUUGACUUUAUAACUUUCAGUCUAAUAAAUUGAAAAGGAAUCAAAUUACUUUGAAAAUGACUGAAAAUUGUGACGUUAACUAUCCAAAUGGUGACGAGGAAUCUGACUUAGAUACCAAAAUGAAAGAAACAAAAGUGGAUAGUGCGACAGCAGAUCCUUCAGACAAAUUGCAAAACAAAUCCUUAGAAAUGAAUGACAUUAACAGCGAUGCUGACACCAAUGUUUUUAAUAAAUCCGUAAAAGAAAUUGACAAAGAUCCUGUGCAUGGAAAUGAACUGGAGCACAACAAUAUUUUCAAAAAGUUUUCAAGUAUAGUAGACAGCGACUCUGAAGAAGAGGAUACAUUUAUUUCAAAGCCAAAAAGGAAGAAUCCUGUUUACAAUAGUUCAGAAGAUGAAACCUCUGAUUUCAACAAAAGUACUAAGUCUAAUACACAUUCGAAUAAGAAAACUAUUACUGCGAUAUUUGUUAAUAGGGAUUCUGAUGAAACUUGUGAUUAUAUUAAUGCUACUGAUAACAGAGAAGAAGUUUCAAAUGGAAAAAUGGGUACAAAUAGUGUGCAAGAUAGAUUUAGAAGCCUAAUAGAUUCGGAAUCGGAAGAUGAAAAUGAAAGACAAUUGCAUCCAGCAGAAAGCGGCAAACAGGCAAAGCAGAAAGGAAAUCGCGAAUCCAAGACAAGAAAAGUUUCGUUGAGAGCUGCGAAAGAUGAAGCCAUGAAACAAAUACAAAGCGAGACGCAGCGUUUGAUUAGAGAAACAGAGAUUUCUCUUCCCUACCACAAGCCAAGGCAACGAACGCUGCAAGAAUUUUUGACUAGAAAGAAGGUAUUAUCUGUUCUUCCAAAAGCUCCUACAAUGGCAGCGAAAUUGAAAAUGUCUUCCGCUAUUGUCGACAAAGUCCUGAAAGAGAAAGAGAAAGAAGCUGAAAUAUUUUACAAGUCUUCGGAUUCAGAAGAAGAAGUAACGGAAAAUCAUUCUUUGCCGGACAAAGAAAACACAAAUAAAGGAAGUACACAAGAACUUAAGAAAGAUAAUGCAUCGAGGAAGUUAUUCGUCGAUGAUAAUUUGUUUACUGAUAAUAAAGAAGAAAAUAGCAAUGCUUCUAUAACACAGGAAAUGAACGAAAUUUUAAUCGAAACAAAAGAUAUCGAAAGUACCAAGUCGAUCACACACGAUGAAAUGAAUAGAAUAGGAAAUAACUUAAUAUCGGAUUCUUAUUACGAAAUUAAUGACAACCUUGACACAAGAAUAACAAAUCCAGUUGAAGAGAUUAAGAUGACCGAAGUAGACAAUUUACCAGAAAAGGAAGAUAUCGAAGAUAAAAAUAAAAACGACGAAAAAAUUACGAUGAAAAGUAUCGAUCAAGCAAAUAAUUUGAAAACUGCUAACGAAUCCUCUGAUGCAUCCACUUCGAACUCUAUCAGUGAUUAUGCGAAUAUUGUAAAACAAUCCUUAGGAAUAGUUACAGAGGAGUCAGACGACUACAACGAAUACGGUUUACCUCCACCUAAAUUAGACAUCUCUCCAAAUAUCAGUGGAAAGAAAUUUUUACCGAACGUGCAAAGUUUGAAGCCUAAAAUCAGGGGCUCACCAGGUAUAAUGAUCGAUUUAACGAAUGAUAUUAAACCUAACAAGAAAGGAGUAAACGCUUUGAUAGAUCGGUUUAUGUCGAAACAUUCCAAGACUAAUAAACAAACCAAAAACGAACAGGAUGUUAGUGUAAUACAAGUUAAACAAUCUUCGAAUGGCCUGUCGAUAACCAAAGAAAUACUUCCCUACAAAUUAUCCAGUCUAGAAAACGAAGAUCCCAAGAUGAACAAACCUGGAGCGAAGUUGAAACACUUGAAGGAGGAAUUGAAGCAAAAGAUGGCAUUGAAGCGCGACGAGGAAUGGAAACAGAAAGAACAGGAGAUGAAGGAGCAAGAAAUCGAGUGGAACGAGUCCAUCAACGAGGAAGAUGAUUUCAACGUACCAUGUUCUCCAAGCAUAGAAUCAUACAAAAGUAAAGCAGAGGAGGAAGAUGAGGAUGAAGAAGAGGAUGAGGAUGAAUUAGAAGAAGACGAUGUGAUGAAAGAGAAGAAGAGAAGCAAAUGUGACUUCAUAGACUCCGAAGCUGAAGUCAGCGAUGAUGAAGAAAACGAUAGGGAUGAAAUUAUAGAAGAAGAUGAAGACGAAAACUUGGAAGAUGAUGGAAAGGAAUGUGAAAGACUAAUUUUAGAAGAAGAUAGCAGUACUUGCGAUAGUAUUAAUGCAUCUUCCAAACAUAAAACGUUUAAACGAAUCACGGGACCCUUUGAAGAUGAUUCGAGGUCUUCGAGUGCGGAGAACGAUAUGGACGCGGUAAAUGAAGAUAAAAACACUUCCUUUUUGCAACUAGCAAGCGUAGACAUGUUCAACGAAGCUGCUAGCGACAAUGAAAGCGAUAUUCCUGUGUCUCAAGGGCAUGUUGGAACCAGUUCAGAAUAUCAAGCGAGUCAAACACCCCAGAGUAAGAUUAACAGCUUCAAUUUCGUUUCUCCCUUGACGCAAUUGACAGCGUUGAAUACUCGCUUGGAGUCUGAAAAGGGGGUGAAUGUACAAGAAGAAUCGCUUGUUAACGAAUCUAAUGGAAUUCUCUUGGGAAGUACGCAGGACGAAGAAUCGUUCCAGUCAUCGCAGCACUUUAAAAAAGAAGUAACGUUGCAGAGGAAGCUGUUCCUCGAUCAAACUGUUACGUUAGAUGACGAGCUUCUGGAGUUAUGCUCUGGUAGGUUCACGCAGGACAAGGGUAAUCUUAAUUUAUCCAAGGAGCCUGAGGUGACCGAAUCGCAACUGUUGGAACUAUGUUCAGGGACGUUUACUACUCAAGUAAACAACGCUGAAAAUUUAAAUGUAUCAAAGUCAAUAGAAAAAGGUUCAUCAUCGAUUGAGACAAAUACACAAAACGAAGAGCAAUCGGAGAAAAAUAGAAUGUUUUGGAAUAAACUGAGCAUUGUUUCCUCUGAUGAAGAAGACGAGAUAGAGAAGGAAAUGGGCAAGUCGUCAAAGAGGAAAGUGAAGAAAUUGGACCUUUCUGAUAAUGAGGAUGAGAUGGGCUCUUCUGUAUCCAGUGAUGAGGAACCAGAAGAUGAUAAUGAUAAAUACGUCGACUAUGACUCUGAAGAGAAUGAAGUAAUAGUUCCUGCAAAGAACAUAAAGCAAUACGCUGCUAAUUUUUUGGAGGAGGAAGCUGAGCUCAGUGAAAGCGACUGUGAUGUCUCUGCAGAUGAAAACGAAGAGGAUUUGGAUAAAUUGGAAUUGGAAGAAGGAGACAAUGAAGAAAUCGAUGAGGCAGAGAUGAAAAAUCAGUUGGGGAAGCUUCAUAUGAGGCAAGUAUUGGAUGAUGAUCAGAAGGAAGUGAAUAUGCUCAAGGAAUUGCUGUUCGAAGAUGGGGAUUUGUUUGGAGAGAGUGUCAGAGAGCGGAAACUAAAAUGGAAGAAUAUAGAUAAACAGGAUGGUAACGAUGACUUCACACCAUCAGAGGAUAAGGAUGGUUGGGUGGACUUAUCGGAUGAAGAGGAUGAAGUAAAGUGGCGUAAACAGAGAUACGAAAGAGAGAAAUUCCUGGCAGAAAAGGGGAACGAAAAGAACGAGUUCGAGGACGUCUUAGGUGACAGUGAGAUAUUUAAAUUUGGCUUGAAGAUUCUGAAGAAGAAGCGAAUCGACGAGUCUCAAACGCAAAACACGUUGGUGGAGACGCAACAUUCCUCGAGAGGAUCAAGAAUACCUUACACUAUAGCCGAAAUGUUGAAAUGUUCGAAUUUAGAAGGCGGUACAAGUGUGCUACGAAGUGUUAUGAAGAAACGUUCCUUUCUCGCCAGAGGAGAGGAAUCGCUGGCACGUUUGGCUGUCGUGGCGAAACAAAAGGAUAUGCAUGCGUCAUCCGUCAACCAAAAAAAUUUUGUCUUUACCUACAUCGAUCCGUCCACUGAUACAAAAGACGAAACGUCUACCAUUAAACCAAACGCUGAUCGCUCUAAAGCGAGAAAAAAACGUGAUGUACUUUAAUGCGUUUACAUAUGCAAGAGUAUCAAUUGUAAAUGUUAUAAGGGUUGCAGUAAAUAAGUAUACCAGAUUAAUGAAAUUAGUGUAAAUUGAUAUAUUUUUGUAAUUAUAUUGUAUAGAUAUAUUUUGAAUAAUAAAAUAUUACGGAUGUAUUGUUA